AUGUCUCUUGAUCGUUGCAUGGCGCUGUGCCGCGCGGUCGGAUGCAGUUUUGUCCAGUUCGACUGCAACUCCGAGUGUUGGCUCAUGGAUGUUUGCGGAACAUUCGAAACGAGCACAUGUGGCAGCAGCGUUUACCAGAAAUCCGGCACAACACUGCCCUACUUUACAAUCAGUGACGUCGGGCCGUACCGCAGUGACCGUUUCAAUGCUUCCUUGUACGUCACCUACAGCAGCGCAUGCUCCGGGGAUGACUGCACCGUCGUGGCCGCGUGCCCUAUAUCACCAUCGAGCAACCUCCAGACCACAGUCCUGAAGUGCCAGACUAUCCCACCAGAUUCGGGUGACGGAAUCUCGGUAAAUGAGUUGAACUGCACAGCAAAGGGAGGUGGCGAGUUACCGGCGAUCAUGGCCGAAGCGAUUUGCGUGGAACCCGACUCCUUGAGCUCGCUUGUUACGACCUCUGGGUAUGGUGAAGGCGAUCUUCGCGCGACAUGCCCCGAUGGCUACUAUGCCUUUUCCUGCAACUGUUUUACAUCCUGGCUCGUGAGUUUAACUUGUGCCGGCUAUGCAUCCUUCGCUCCCAGAAUGAACCCCCCGGUCUGGGGCAAUCCAUGGACUUGGACGGGGACGAGUGUUUCUGAUGCCAUGGCAGAGCUUGUCUCCGUCGGCUUAGAGCCGCAGCUUGUCCAUUCCGCACAGCCUUACUGGGGUAAGGCGGAGUGCCAACUCUACAGUCCCCCGGAAGCCGUCUCCCCCCGAAGGCGGAGUGUAGGCAGAGUGCAAGCGCAGGUGAGCGCCCUUUGUGUUCGCGGCGUCGAACCCACAAUCAGGCUCAGCUACCGAGGAGAAGGCGAUCUGUGGCCUCUUCCAAACUCGACUGGGAGGGAGACGCAGUACUGUGGCUGGGCCACCAACACCAAAGUGGCUAUUCUUCGGAAAGAGUGCAAUCCGUGGAUGCAGUUUCCCAGCGAGAAUGGCGGGUGCUAUGCUUCGGAGUGCAUCGAUCUGGCAUCUUGCGUCCGCAUCUGCAACUCUUGUGGCUUCUGCAAAGGAGUCUUCUACCGUUUCGAUCAAGAUUCUUCUUCAGGGUUGGAACGAUGCUACUUCACAGGGGACUUCGAAGUCGAGAAUGGGACGAGCGACGAAUGGAACCACGGCUGGGGACAGUCUCCCCAGCAGAGCAAUCAUUCAAAGCAUUUGCCCCAGUCAGGAUCAACAAGUGCUGCAUGGGCCCUGUACAUCAACACCAGGGAUGCCCGAUGUCGGACAGACAACUAUGCCAUCUACGGGAUCACCUUCUUUGAGGAUCCACACUGCACCAAAGUCAUGGCUCCGAGCUCGAUGAACGUGUCUGGUGGUGGUCAGACAGAACUCCCAGUCGACCUCGGCGACUGGAGGAAGCGGCUCCAGCACAUAAGCUUCGAUGAAUGCUAUGAGGAGAUGCAGGCUGGGAGGAAAUGUGAUGUGGAGUUUACUGCUGCGUUUCCACCAAAUAACUCGGCGCCCCUUUGCGCCAUAGUUCACAGCAGCUGGCUUUUCGGCCAGGGCUACAGCUCAGACUCUGGUGAAUCUCGGGGAUGGUAUCUGGCGGCCUAUGAUCAGCAGCUGGGUCGUGCGCGCCAUGGGACCGUGGCUUUCGAUGUGGAUGGCACCCACAUUCGCAUGCCGGCCAUGCCAUGGUUUCGCCAGAACGUCUCGGAGCCGGGAGAGACGAUCGUGCUGUCAUCCCGGAUGGAAUUCGCCUGCUGGACCACCUCCAACCCUUGUCCCGGGGAAGACAUGUUUCCGCCGAUCGAGCAGCACAUUCGGGAGGCUCUCGCUUCCAUGCUGGCGCUGCCACAGCACCUGAUAAGCUUGCGGGGAGGGGAGUCCCAACAGUCGGCAAGUACACUCACAUACGAAUACAACCUGACGAUCCAUCUGGCAGUGGAAGAUCCUGUUCAAGCUUCCCUACUUCCAAGUCUGGUUGCUACCCUCGAGGACAUGCGCAGGAACUUCUACCCCCUGUCGGAUCUGUUCAAGACCCGCCUAAGGCACAAUGGUGUGCGCUUGUUUGACACCGCGCAGAUUAAGCAGGACACGGUGGUAUUUCGGAUUCCUCCGGUGACGUUGACUGCCUUUCCCACCACGCCGUCACCGUCGCCGUCACCAUCGCCUACACCAGCGCCGUCGCCGCCCGAAGUACCUGUAGAGUCUGAGUCUAAUAAUUUAUCAACGGAGGGGAUGGUGAUAGGAAUCGUCCUAUGCUGCCUUGCCGCCGUGGCCAUCACGGUUUUCGCAUUUUAUGAGAAGAGGGUGAAGAAAUGUUGGCGGACAUAUUGCGGGAGGAGGAAAACAAAACCGAGCUACGCGGGUGGGCCGACGGCUGUGGUCAUCGGAAGCAAAGCAACUCUGCGCUCAGACAGCAAGGAGCUCGUGGAUCCUUUGAAUGAGAUGGCGAUGAAGAGCCUUCCAAGCUACUGGACCGGAGGCCGCGAGAGCGGAGAAGAAUCCAACGUCAGGGAGGACCUUUCCUUCGACGAGCUUCUGUAUGUAAAACACGAGCACAUGGACUUCUUUCAGGAGUUGGUCAACCACACCUACCGGCAGAUCACGACGCAAGAUCGUCUAUGCCCGACGGGCAAGCACGACAAGACCAGGGGUGGAUGCCCCUGUGUGCAGCCUGGCGGUACCCCCGGUCUGCCGACAGGCUACCAGAUCAAGCGUGUUAUCCGUGUGGAAGACUCUUCCAUGUUCACUCGCUACAUUGACAGACGCGAACAGAUCAAAAACUCCCGGUCGUCCUGUGAAGCUCCGGACCCUCAAAUUUUCACACGUGCAGCCAUGGAAGCCUCCAGUGGGUUGACUGAUAUCUUGUGUGAUGUCGAUGACAGUAUCAACGAAGUCUACCUCUGGCAUGGAACACAAGUUCGAACUGGCCUGAAGAUAGUUCAAGAUGAUUUCAGCCUGAAUUUUGCUGGUUCGGGGGCGGGCACGAUGUAUGGAAAGGGCUUGUACUUUACGGAGAGCUGCACAAAGGCCGACGAGUAUGCCUUGGAUGAGCCGGGUGGCCACUACGACGGUGUGCGGGGCUUGCUCUUGUGCCGGGUGUGCUUAGGCAGCUUCCACUACACCUUGGAUCGCGAGCCAUCUGCCGUUGACAAGUACGCGAACGGCGAGUGUGACAGUACGAUUGGAGACCGUGCAAAAGCCGUAAAUACUUACAGAGAGAUGGUCGUCUACGAUCGCGACCAGGUGUAUCCAGAAUACUUGGUCCUCUACGAGCGUCUUCAGAGGGGUGAAACGCCCGAGCUGCCACCCAAGGAUGUGCCUUUCUUGCUCGAGCUGCCGCUGUAUUGGAAAAAUGUUGGCCGCAAUCCGUACACAGAGGGUUUCCGAGAACAUUGGAUAGUGAAGCCAAUGAUCCGCGAGCUCAUUCAGCGCUUGGCCAAUGGAUCUUGUGGAAGGGACGGUGGAGCACCAAAGGUGGUCCGAGCGAGGCGCGUCGAGGACUCAAACCUUUGGUGCCGCUACAUUGACUGGAAGAGAUCUUUAGGUGCACAACUCCAGGCCAACGGUCUUCUCAGAUGUACGCCUCCCAAUGAGCUCGACGGAAACCCCGAAUCCGGCCAUGCCCUGACGGCCACAAUCCUCUCGGAGUUCCAUGGCGACGAGGCCAUCUCUGUAGAGAACAUGGCUCCAGGUUUGAAUGAGAUGCUUCUGUGGCACGGCACCUCGCAGAAGUCAGCAGAAGCUAUUUCCGAGAUAGGCUUCGAGGUCAAGACGAGUGGCACGCACGGUCGUCGCUUUGGCCAUGGGGUUUACCUUGCAGAGGACUUGAACAAGAGCCUCAGCUAUUGCUCUACAGCAAACAAUGUGAAAUAUGUUCUUCUCUGCCGAGCAGUCUGCGGCCACAUGUACUACACCGAGAAGCACUGGCACUCUGAUGCGACGAGCGAAGCUACAUCACGCGGGAAACACUGCGUGUUGGCGAAUCCAGAUCGUUCUGGCCCCAGAGAGUAUAUCGUCUUGCAAGAGUCACAUGUGUACCCGGAGUACAUCGUGGAGUUUGAAGACUGA